AAAACAGUCUGAAGGAACACAGUCUGAUAUCCAUAUCCACUCUCCCCACUGGCCCAAGAACGCACAUCUCUCACUUAAAACAGCCACCGCAUCCACAAUGAAGCUCCCCCUCACCAUCAUCAGCAUGCUCGCCCUCACCACCGCGCUGACCCUCACCCCGCGCGACGCGGAACAAGGCGACCCCGUCGUCGAAUGCGGCGACCUGGACGUGUUGACCGUGGACCCCGCCGACCUCCCCGCGGGCGUUGCCCCCAGCGACGUCCGGAAAUGCCUGGACCACCCGCUCGGCCGGAACCGGCCUGUCAAGGGCGCAUCGCUGGCGCCGCUCGACGCGGUGGAUGUCGCGUUCUGGCAGAACAGCACGGUGGACACCGUCACGGGCACAGGCUCCAGUCCCGUGGAGGCGCGCUCGGACGGCCUCGACGGCCUCGAAGCCCUGGAGAAGCGGUCGUGCUACAAAGACGCGCCGUACGGGUGCUCUGGUGGGUAUUGCUGGAAGGCCUGCGGGAACACGAACAAGGGCGAGUGGUGCUGGACAGCGGCCAAGGCCGGGCUGGGCGCGUGGAUCAAGUGCAGCAAGUGGCAGGACUGCGGGACGGCGACGUAUGCGUGUGGGAGGGGAGGGUGUCCGGCUUGUGGGUGUGGUUGUUAGCGGUGGGGGGGCUGGAUGGACGCAUGGUCACCGCGCUAUGGGGAGCAGUGUGGGCGUUGAGGUAUAUAAUUAGUGUUGUUCUUGAGUUGGUACGCGGAGGAUUGAUGAUCCAGGACGUGCAGUGAAAUUGGGCAACAGGUACAGUACUGUCUGAUAUAAUAAAAACACUUCGUUGUCUUGGACACUUUUGUAUUAGCUUCUCAUGUUUGUGGGUAUCAUAGCCCUUCAAUCUCGUACAGUAUCAGAGUAGUCAACCGGUAUUAGGCUAAGUAGCCUGCUUGCUUACUGAAUGCUAUGAGU